UUGCGCGUGCAGGGCGGCGCCGGCCCCUUGUUCUCCAGACUGUCCCCGGAGCGAGAGACCACCGCGCACUGACUGCAGAGGGCCUGAGACCACCAGCACGAAGAGCCUCACAGAGCAGCAGCACAUCCAGUAAGCUGGACGCUUUCCAUCAGCAUACCUCACUGACAUCGUUGCUGUGCUCGUCUGUUUGUCCAGUGAUUUACAACCUUUCCUCAAAGAGACAUGGCUGAGGAUGAGGUGACUCCAGAGCAGCUAGCAGCCAUCGCCGCCGAGAAUGAGGAGCCAGAGCCGGUGGACUACAAGCCACCAGCCCAGAAGACGGUGCAAGAACUCCACGAGCUGGAUAAGGAUGAUGAAAGCCUACGCAAAUAUAAGGAAGCCCUGCUCGGUGCUGCGGUCUCUGUGGCUGACCCCAGUGUCUCCAAUGUCCAAGUGACCAGGAUGUCUCUGAUGUGUGAAAGUGCUCCAAACCCCCUGGUCCUGGACCUGCAAGGAGACCUGGAACCCUUUAAGAAGCAGGCCUUUGUCCUAAAGGAGGGAGUUGAAUACAAAAUAAUGAUCAGCUUUAAGGUGAACAGGGAGAUUGUUUCGGGCCUGAAGUAUGUGCAGCAAACAUACAGGAAAGGAAUGAAGAUUGAUAAAUCCGACUACAUGGUCGGCAGCUACGGGCCUCGUCCCAAUGACUACGACUUCCUGACCACGGUGGAGGAGGCUCCCACAGGCUUGUUGGCUCGCGGCAACUACGUCAUCAAAUCCAAGUUCACCGACGACGACAAGCACGACCACCUGUCCUGGGAGUGGAACCUCAACAUCAAGAAAGACUGGAAAGAUUAAAAGAGGCCUUCGUGUCUGGGGGGGGGGGUCGAGGGAGUCUAAACUCCCUCCGCCCCUGUGUGUCCCUCAGCCGCCGCCCUCAUCCCUGCCCUGCGUCCACCAUUUCUGCCUUCUUUGUUUUGACUUGGUUGUGCAUUUCAUUCAUCUCAUGCCUUAGUUCCUGCCUCGCGGUCUUCACACCCCCCGGUAUCCAGCCCAUCUCCGUCAGCAUUGGUAGCAGCAGCAGAAGUAGCAGAAUCCCCC